GGCUCCCAGGACUACUUCUCCCUCCGCCGCCACCAGAUGCUGUGCGAUGUGGACCAGGUGACGGCGGUGCGGUUCAUCCUGCGGCAGCCCUCCCCCGUCUGGCUCCACUUCACCAUCGAGGAGCUGCAGAUUUUCCCCCCCGGACAGAAGAGCCCCCAGAAGGAUUUCCCUUCCUGGCUCUCCCAGCUGACCCCUCCAGAGCAGCCAGCAAGCCUGCACGGGGAGCUCCCCGACCCGGAGAAGGUGUCGACGGAGGUGCAGCAAAUGUGGGUGCUGACGGAGGUGAUCCGGGCUCGCCAGGCAGCUGCCCGCAUCGGGCGCUUCGACGUGGACGGCUGCUACGAUAUCAACCUGCUUUCCUACACGUGAGCCCUGUGGGUGCUGGCCAGAGGGAGCUGGCUCCUCCGCACUCCCGGGGCCCAAGCAGACUCCUGUGGUCCUGCAUCGGCCUUCGUCCCUGCGGCCCCGGGGGGUUUCCAGGCCUCCUCCCCGUGCCCCUUCCCCGACUCCUCCUGCACUGGCUGGCAGUGGUGGGCUGCUGCCCCAGAGUCCCCUGUGAGCCUCUCCCAGCUCGGUGCCCUCCAGCUGCCGUGGCUCUGCUCUUGGCACGUCCCGUGCUGCUGCUCCCUGCUGCGGGCAGAGCCCGGCUCCUCCACCCUACCUCUGCCCUGGGGAGCGGCCCCUGGCCCUGCCUGCGCUGCCUGCAGGAGGAGGCUCCCACAGACAAGGGGCUGCUGGGGCCGGCGCCCACC